ACAGUUGAAGAGACGCAGAAGCCAGCUGUCGUGGAGGAUCCUGUUGUCGGAGAAUGUUCUGCACCCAUGGAUGCUCCAAUUCCAACACCAUCUUCUGAGCUGACCUCCGUUCCCAGGAUGCCCUUGGUGCUGCUCCUGCUGCUGCCCCUCUUGAGUUCUGUGAAAGCUCAGGUUAAUCCAGCCAUAUGCCGCUAUCCUCUGGGCAUGUCAGGAGGCCACAUUCCAGAUGAGGACAUCACAGCUUCCAGUCAGUGGUCAGAAUCCACAGCUGCCAAAUAUGGAAGGCUGGACUCAGAAGAAGGGGAUGGAGCCUGGUGCCCUGAGAUUCCAGUGGAACCCGAUGACCUGAAGGAGUUCCUACAGAUUGACUUGCACACCCUGCACUUUAUUACUCUGGUGGGGACCCAAGGGCGCCAUGCUGGGGGCCAUGGCAUUGAAUUUGCCCCCAUGUACAAGAUCAAUUACAGUCGGGAUGGCACUCGCUGGAUCUCUUGGCGGAACCGGCAUGGGAAACAGGUGCUGGAUGGGAAUAGUAACCCCUAUGACAUUUUCCUAAAGGACUUGGAGCCACCCAUCGUGGCUAGAUUUGUCCGCUUCAUUCCAGUCACUGACCACUCCAUGAACGUGUGCAUGCGGGUGGAGCUCUAUGGCUGUGUCUGGCUAGAUGGCUUGGUGUCUUACAGUGCUCCGGCGGGACAGCAGUUCGUACUCCCUGGAGGCUCCAUCAUUUACCUCAAUGAUUCUGUCUAUGAUGGAGCUGUUGGGUACAGCAUGACUGAAGGGUUGGGCCAGCUGACAGAUGGGGUAUCUGGCCUGGAUGACUUCACUCAGACCCACGAAUACCACGUGUGGCCGGGCUAUGACUACGUGGGCUGGAGGAAUGAAAGCGCUCCCAGUGGUUACAUCGAGAUCAUGUUUGAAUUUGACCGAAUCAGGAAUUUCACGACCAUGAAGGUCCACUGCAACAACAUGUUUGCCAAAGGUGUGAAGAUUUUUAAGGAGGUGCAGUGUUACUUCCGCUCAGAGGCCAACGAGUGGGAACCGAACGCUGUGUCCUUCCCCCUUGUCCUGGAUGACGUCAACCCCAGUGCUCGGUUCGUCACAGUGCCCCUCCACCACCGCAUGGCCAGCGCCAUCAAGUGCCAAUACCAUUUUGCUGAUACCUGGAUGAUGUUCAGUGAGAUCACCUUCCAAUCAGAUGCUGCAAUGUACAACAACUCUGGAGCCCUGCCCACCUCACCUGUGGCACCCACAACCUAUGAUCCAAUGCUUAAAGUCGAUGACAGCAACACACGGAUCCUGAUUGGCUGCUUGGUGGCCAUCAUCUUCAUCCUCCUGGCCAUCAUUGUCAUCAUCCUCUGGAGGCAGUUCUGGCAGAAAAUGCUGGAGAAGGCUUCCCGGAGGAUGCUGGAUGAUGAAAUGACAGUCAGCCUCUCCCUGCCCAGUGAGUCCAGCAUGUUCAACAACAACCGCUCCUCGUCGCCAAGUGAGCAGGAGUCCAAUUCCACUUAUGAUCGCAUCUUUCCCCUUCGCCCUGACUACCAGGAGCCAUCGAGGUUGAUACGAAAACUCCCAGAGUUUGCUCCAGGGGAGGAAGAGUCAGGCUGCAGUGGCGUUGUGAAGCCUGCCCAGCCCAGCGGGCCGGAGGGGGCGCCCCACUACGCAGAGGCUGACAUCGUGAACCUGCAGGGGGUGACCGGAGGCAACACUUACUCAGUGCCUGCUGUCACCAUGGACCUGCUUUCAGGGAAAGAUGUGGCGGUGGAAGAGUUCCCCAGGAAACUCCUGACAUUCAAGGAGAAGCUGGGAGAAGGCCAGUUCGGGGAGGUUCAUCUCUGUGAAGUGGAGGGGAUGGAAAAAUUCAAAGACAAAGAUUUUGCCCUAGAUGUCAGUGCCAACCAGCCUGUCCUGGUGGCCGUGAAAAUGCUCCGAGCAGAUGCCAACAAGAAUGCCAGGAAUGAUUUUCUUAAGGAGAUAAAGAUCAUGUCCCGGCUCAAGGACCCAAACAUUAUCCGCCUCUUAGCCGUCUGCAUCACCGACGACCCUCUGUGCAUGAUCACUGAGUACAUGGAGAAUGGAGAUCUCAAUCAGUUUCUUUCCCGCCACGAGCCCCCCAGUUCUGCCUCCAGCAACGCACCCACUGUCAGUUAUGCCAACCUAAAGUUUAUGGCUACACAGAUUGCCUCCGGCAUGAAGUACCUUUCCUCCCUUAAUUUUGUCCACCGAGAUCUGGCCACACGAAACUGCUUAGUGGGUAAGAACUAUACCAUCAAGAUAGCUGACUUUGGAAUGAGCAGAAACCUGUACAGCGGUGAUUACUACCGAAUCCAGGGCCGGGCAGUGCUCCCCAUCCGCUGGAUGUCUUGGGAGAGUAUCUUGCUGGGCAAAUUCACAACAGCGAGCGACGUGUGGGCCUUUGGGGUGACUCUGUGGGAGACAUUCACCUUUUGCCAGGAGCAGCCCUAUUCCCAGCUGUCAGAUGAGCAGGUCAUCGAGAAUACUGGAGAGUUCUUCCGGGACCAAGGGAGGCAGACGUACCUCCCGCAGCCUGCCAUGUGCCCGGACUCUGUGUACAAGCUGAUGCUCAGCUGCUGGAGGAGAGACACCAAGCACCGUCCAUCGUUCCAGGAAAUCCACCUUCUGCUCCUUCAGCAAGGGGACGAAUGA